GUUGCGAUCGGUGCUUGGUGGAGUGAGCAACAUGAACUGCGUGAGAUCCGUCUUUCUGCUGAGCUGCCUCUGGCUCAGUUCCUCCGCCGGUGAUUCCAGUAAUCCCCUUUUGGUGGAGCUUCCCAUUGGACAGCUGCGGGGCCGCGAUAACGGAAACUACUACAGCUUCGAGUCCAUUCCCUACGCAGAGCCCCCCACAGGAGAUCUGCGCUUUGAAGCUCCGGAACCCUAUAAGCGCCAAUGGACAGAUACCUUUGAUGCCACCCAGCCACCUGUGCUGUGCCUCCAGUGGGAUCAAUUCACACCUGGGGAUAACAAGCUAGUGGGAGACGAGGACUGCCUUACAGUUAGCAUCUACAAGCCCAAGAACUCGAGUCGUAGCAGCUUCCCUGUGGUGGCCCACAUCCAUGGAGGAGCCUUCAUGUUCGGAGGAGCCGCUCAGAAUGGACACGAGAACGUCAUGAGAGAAGGCAGAUUUAUUCUGGUCAAGAUAAGCUAUCGCCUCGGGCCACUGGGUUUUGCUAGCACCGGUGAUACUGACUUGCCCGGAAACUACGGCCUCAAAGAUCAGCGACUGGCCCUCCAAUGGAUCAAGAAAAAUAUUCAUCACUUUGGCGGGGAAUCGGAGAAUAUUGUGCUAAUAGGACACUCUGCCGGAGGUGCCUCAGUACAUCUGCAGCUUCUACAGGAAGAUUUCGGUCAGUUGGCGAGAUCUGCCAUCUCCUUCAGUGGCAACGCCCUUGAUCCCUGGGUCGUUCUUCAAGGAUCUCGAGGGCGAGCACUUGAACUGGGACGCAUCCUUGGCUGUGGGCAGUUGGAUGACUCGGUGCUCCUAAAAUCUUGUUUGAAAUCCAAGCCGGCAAGUGAAGUGGUUACUGCAGUGCGAAAUUUUCUCAUUUUUUCCUACGUUCCGUUUGCUCCUUUCGGACCCGUUGUGGAACCAGACUAUGAUGGUGCCUUUCUUACCCAGGCUCCAGAGGAUGUUAUCAAAAGCGGAAAGUUUGGCCAAGUACCAUGGGCUGUGACUUAUGUAACCGAAGACGGAGGCUACAAUGCGGCAUUGCUGCUGGAGGAAUCGUAUCCGGGAGGACCUACUCUGAUAGAGCAACUGAACGAUCGGUGGUUCGACUGGGCUCCGUAUUUACUUUUCUACAGAGACACAAAGAGAACCAUCCUGGAAAUGGAUGACUACUCCAGAAAACUGAGGCAAGAGUAUCUGGGUGAUCGGAGAUUCAACGUAGAAAACUAUUGGGACUUGCAGCAAAUGUUCACGGAUGUCCUUUUCAAGAACAGCACUCAGGACUCGUUGGAGCUUCAUCGAAAGUAUGGAAAAAGUCCUUCCUAUGCCUUCGUCUACGACAAUCCUGCCGAUAGAGGAAUCGCACAGGUUCUGACCCAGCGCCGGGAUGUUAAUUUUGGAACGGUGCAUGGCGACGACUACUUCUUGAUUUUCGAAAAUGUAGUUCGAGAUCCGCAGUUGCGACCGGAUGAAGAGAGGAUAUCCAAAAAUUUCAUAAAAAUGCUGGCGGACUUUGCAACUUCCGAAAUGGGAUUCCUAACCUUUGGGGACUGCACUUUUAAGGAUAACGUUGGCAGUGAGGACUUCGUUUUAUUAUCCAUAACUCGCGAUGGAUGCGAAAACAAACAAUUUAAACAGUUUCCAUAA